AUGGCGACUAGAAACCUUUCUGCUGAGCAAGUUGCCGCUUUGAUGAUGGAAACAGAUGAGGAAAGUGAUGAUCCUGAUAUGGAUAUUAGUGAUACUGAUUCACUAGAUCUUGAUACUAACUGGAGCAGCGAAGAAGGUGAUACAAUGAUUUCAUCAGACUCGUAUGUUUCAAGUGACGAUGGGGUACAACCGGCAACACAUGACAAUGAUCAACAUAAUGACGAUCACCUGUUCAAGAUACGCACUGUUCUGGAUCAUUUUAACGAUGUCAUGCCGGCAAUUUACUAUCCACGGAAAGAUCUCUCUAUUGAUGAGUCCAUGGUACUUUGGCGUGGCAGAUUGCUGUUUCGCCAGUAUAUCAAGAAUAAACGUCAUAAAUAUGGAAUCAAACUCUAUGAACUGUGCAAGCAUCGAGGCACUGUUCUGAAGAUUCAGGUAUACAGUAGCGUCCACCUAACUGAUGAUAACGGCUAUGGUCAAGCUGCUGCAACUGUUCUAGACCACUUGGACGGCUACCUAGACAAAGGCCAUGUGGUGUACACAUAUAAUUAUUACAAUUCUGUGAGUCUGGUGAAGAUGACAAACCGAUCAACCUAUCUUUGUGGAACUCUGCGAUUUGACAGAAAAGAAAAUCCAAAAGAUUUAAUCAAACAGAAGUUGAAGAAGGGGGAUCAUGUUUGGAAGUGGUCUGAAUCCGUGGUAGUUUGCAAAUGGAAAGACAAACGCGAAGUUCUUACAAUCAGCAACAUGCAUCGAAUUGAGAUGGUUGAUGUUAGAAAUUGGAAUGACAAGCUGUCAAGAAAGCCGAACACAGUCCGAGAUUACAAUGGCAUGGCUGGAGUAGACAGGUCAGAUCAAAUGCUGUCUUACUACUCGGCGCUGCGCAAGAUAAUCCGGUGGUAUAAGAAGAUUGUCCUGCAUAUCCUAGAAGUAUUUCUUCUAAAUGCCCACAUCCUGUACAACGCAAACAAGAGAGAGCAGAUGAAGCUAUUAAAAUUUCGUGACCUGGUCACAAUUCACCUGCUUGGUGAUGUCUAUGACAAAUUACGUGACCACGGCCCAGCACAUUCCCAGGCUCCAGUAAAUGAGACAUUCCAUUACCUUGCACCACUGCCUCCCACAGAGAAGAAAGAGUGACCUAC